GAGCCAGAAUACCACAUGGCUAAAAUAGAAACUCCCAUAGGAUUUUCAAAGACGAAAACGUCUUCGAACGCACCAGAGGUACAAACUUUAAUCAGAGAGGCAGUAGCCCUGCAGGUUGCUUCACAGUACGGCAUUUCGCCAAUCAGUGCACCACAAAACGGACAAGUCAUCCAUCAACAUAUACCAGUACAGCCAUUCAACGGAAUCCCGACGCAACAAGACUUAAUAAAUUCAGGAGCGGAAGGUAUAGUAAUACCUCCAAAUGCCUUAUACCAGCCCGAUCCGAUGUUCUUACAGAAAUUACAAAGUCAGAUAAUACAAAGUUUUCCGUCAGUUGAAUUCAUACCUUAUUCCGCUGAACUUCCACCAGCAAAUCCGCAAAUCGAAAUAAAACCGCAACUAAUUCUAUUGGAAAACGACGAGAUAAAACAAGAGCCGUCGUCUUUUGUACCAAUGUACCAAAAGAAUUUGGUACAGAGGAAUACUCAAGAAAGCUCUGCCGUUACAUUAAUUCCUCAAGCGAUUGUGGUCUUUAACGCAACAGACAAAACCAAUUUGAUGUCAGCAUCAAAUACAACCGGGGAUUUGAUGGCAGCGGCAUCUCAACCAAUAACAACAACAAUCAAAUACAUUGCUGAGCCUAAUAGAGAUCGACUGAACACGACUCCGAUAUUCUACGCCCAAAUAGGACAGAGCAUCGGCGACGUUAUAGCAAAAGGAUUUUAUUCGGCCAUAAAUGACGUCAGAGCUGCAGCAGCGUUGGCUCAAAUUGAAAAAUUACCGGAAUCUAAUAGAAUAGCCGAUACUGCUGAAAACAUUACAACCACAACCGUAAAUCCAAAUUUGGAACCGUACUUCGUGAAAACGAAAGAAGAGGGAAAGGAUAAUAAAACAGUCUCCGAAUUAAAAUCACUACUGGGAAUGCCAUUUAGCAAAACAAGUGAUUCUGUAAACGUGGCUUAUACUCUAUUAAGAAGCGACACUAAAGAGCCAAAAAUGACACAAGAAGGAACAGUGUAUGCGGGUCAGAUCGUCGAGGCCAGUGUAAGUGAAGACCAAGACUUUAAUAACGAGAAAGCAACUUUAAUGUCGAGGAGGGCUCCCAUAAGACUUGUCGCUGUACCUGACCAAAAAGAAACUCCGUCUAAAUCGACUAGUCAACAAGCAUCAACGUCGAGCAGUGGACAAAAAGCAGCUGUAGUCAAAGCGCGAAUACCACCAAAGAGCAAAAUCGUUUUUGACGAUAACACAGGGGAACCCAUUUUGAGGAUAUAUGCAAGUUAUGCCAACAAUCCCACGCAGAAAGAAUCAAUCACAACAAAAUUACAAAGUUUAAAACACGUAAAAGAUGCCGCAACACGUAAAGAGAUUUCGGAGAACUGGAAAUCGCCGACUCUUAAAUCUGUGGACAAAACUCAAGGUUUCGAAGGAAACCAAGUGACGGAAUUCGGUUUGAAAUUGAAAGCGCGUAAUGAUCAGUACAUACCGCUCUUCGAAGAAUAUGAUGAAUAG